AGUUAGACACAGGCAUAUAAACAUAAUGACCAAGAUGACCUGCUAAUGGAAAUAAGGAUAUUGAUGUGAUGCUUUCAAUCAGAUGUCGUCUGGAUCACCUUCACAGAUGCAUUAUGGGAGUUUGGAGAAGUCUUUUUGAUCGUGUUGUAUGGUGGGCUAGCUAUAGGUACAUGUUUUUUGUAAGGGAUGCGAAAAAGAUGUCUGAGAAAAGAUUGAAAAUACUUUACAAGAGUAAGAACUAUGUCAUUGUUGACAAACAUUAUGAUGUCAUGGUGAACAGUAAUGACCCUAGUGUUGUAACCAUAGCAACACAAUUACGGGACAUUUAUCCAGAUUUGGCCAACCCCUCACUAGGGCAUCUAUUCAGGUUUGCUCAUCGCCUUGACUAUUCCACUAGCGGUUGUCUGUGUGUCUGUUUCAACAAAGAAGCAGCGGCUGAGGCCGCAAAAGCAUUCGGAAACAACAGAGUAACAAAACAUUAUUUGGCUUUGGUAAGAGGUCAUGUUACACCUGGUGAAGGUAACUCAAGGACUAUCGACAUAUGUAUAGGUAAAGAUACACUUUCUGACAACCCCUAUAAACAAUGUGAAGCCUCCAAACCUGGCUGUGUUGAUGUCAAAAAGUCCUUGACAGAGCUGCAUGUCUUAGAACAUGGUACCUAUGAAGGCCUACCUGCAUCUAAACUGUUAUUGAGACCUCAAACAGGUCGCAUGCACCAACUUAGAGUCCACUGUGAUUACAUUGGGCACAGAAUUAUCGGAGACUUCACUUACAGUAAUAGGGAGGAUGUGUCACCAUUUCGGAUGAUGCUCCAUGCCUACAGUCUCACUAUAUACACAGUCAAGUCUACAGAUGGUGCUAUACAUACAACUGCUGAAGACCCCUUCACAUCAACAUGUGACCCAAAAUGGACCCCUGUCGAUAUUAUCGCUAAAUAUAAUGACAUUAUAAAAUCCCUGGGGAAAGAUAAAGCUUUAUUAAACUAUGAGGAUUAUUUAGAGACUAGGGAAAAACAAAGGAUUGCUAGGGAAAAGCAUUAUGAGAAAAAGAAGGCAAAGUUAGAACAAGUUGCCAGACAAUCUGUGUCACUGAAAAACAUUUCACGUGAUGAUGAUAAUAAACUGAACUCUUGUGAGCUAUCACAUGGGUCUCAUGAUCGGACAGUACUAGAAAAUCCAAAGUCAAAAAGGUCAGGUUCAUUAAGUUGACACAUACUGCUUUGUAUUGAAAAAUUGUGGUAUGAUACGACUAUGUGAUUGAAUCAAUAGGCAAUUUAAACUAUAUGGGAGCCUGUAUGGGAGUUACCCAAUUUUUUCAACCGGCCGUAUUAUGAUGAAUUCUAUCUUCCAAAAGUAACAGUGCAAUGGUCCAAUUGGAUACCCAGAAUUGUCCCAGAGACUGAACUAACUAGUCAGGGGGCCAUAGUAAAGUUUGUGUGAGAAUUUGUGUG